AUGCAGGAGGAAUUCACGGCUGGUGGAGGCGGCGCGAGAGGCUACUGCGACGUCGAAGAGAUUAAGAACGCGAUUAAAGAGUGCGAAGGAUUGGAAGGCAAAAAGUUAGAAGCCUGUUACGCGCAGUACGGGUGCGAUAUUAACAUCGUGACCGAUCACUACGCGAAAGUUGCCGGGGUGGAGAAGAAAAGCCAAGACGAGAAGUAG